UCCCUGUCAAUGACACCGGAUCAUAGCCCGAAUUACUCACCAACAUAUUGAGGUCACGGAAGUGUAAAACAGCAGUAGGAGGCACCGAAGCGUGUAAAGAACAGAGCCGCAAUGUACAUCCUCCGUCGAUGCAGCUUUUUCAUCAGAGAGCAGAAUAUGUUCGGACCAAUGUCUGUCUUUCCACCCGGGAUACUUAUCAUUUGGUUGCUCCUGGCGCUUUUAAACGACCCACGAGGUCUGGGACAGGCUGAUGGGAAUCUGCAGGUGAAUGGAAUUCUGGGACAGUCAGUUACUUUACCGGUAAAUUUACCAUGGACAGACCCUUUGAUAAUUACCUGGGACUUCAGAAGCUUAUCCACUCCAAAAAAGAUUCAAAUAUGUACAAAAACUCGAAACAGCCCAGCAGAAUGUAACAAUGACCUUGGACAGAGGGUCAGGUUAAACCUUACUGACUACAGCCUGGAAAUACAGACCCUAAUAAAAAGUGACCAAGGUUGGUAUGAAACUAAUGCAAGAUCAGAACAGGACGUUCACGAGGAAGUGGUGGAACUGCGAGUUUACGAACGUUUAUCAAAUCCAACAAUACAGAUAAACAAUGUCUCCUCUAAUGGGAUCUGUAAUGUUAGCCUGAGCUGUGUCAUGGAAAACAACAGUGAUCUGAGCUACACCUGGUGGAGAGGAGCAGAGAUGAUCACAUCUGGUGAGCCACACAGUAUGCCCAACAAUGUGUGGAAUCUGGAAGUGUCCUUAAAUCUACAUGAUAACAACACAAUUUACAAAUGCACAGUGAAAAACCCUAUUAGUGAGGAGGCGGAGAGCAUUGAUCUCGCAAUGGAAUGUGACAUGGAAGGUAACAAGGCACGAGGCAACCAACAACUCCACAUCGGCCUAAUAAUUGCUGGGAUUACUAUAUUUAUUUUCAUCCUGAUUACCAUAUUCUUUGUGUUGAGGAAGAAACAUCUCAAGCCCAAUGAAGCUCCUAACACUGAAAGGACAAGUGAACCAGCACAGUACGCUGAAAUCAGGAAACCGAUCUGUGCCAGGGUCCAGUCGCAGGGACAUAUAUGCCAAUUGGAUGCAAACAAAAGGCAGCAAAGUCAAGGAGUUCAACUCACCACGAUAUAUGAUGAGAUAAAAUUCAACCCUGAUGUGUCGACAUCCAAGAUGGUGAUGCUGAAAGGACAGGAAGAAGUGCCAACGCCUGACUGUUAUCUACAGCUACAUAAAAGAUAACAGCGGGCAUGAACUGUGCCCAACAAUUCCAGUAGUUGCUGCUCGCCGUGCUCUUGGUCUUACAGCUGACUUGGAUUGGCUUGCUUGUGUGCAAAGGCGGCUCAAUAUUUGGGACUGAAUGCAAUGAGGGAAAUACAAACAGAAAAUAUUGGAAAUACACAGCAAGGCGGUCAGAAUAAGGAAAGGAGAGAACGCUGGGUAAAACAAAGAGGAUAGAGAAAGUGAGAAAAUAGGUAAGGGCAUGACUCAGAUACAAUACCAUCUUAUAUUUAGAAAGCACCUUUUAAAGAAAGUAUAUAUUGCAAGGCACUUCACAGAUAUACUGGAUGAUCAUGCAUAGAAGCAGGUGACGAGUUAAACACCCUAGAGACAGAAUUCGUUAAUGAGUCGGAGAGGUGUUAUAGGUGAGCUGAAAACUGCUGUGUAUUUCCACCAUUUCCUGUGUUUAUUUCUAAAUUGUCAAAGUAGAGGAAAAUACAUUCAGUGUCUGCACAUCCUGUUGAUUACAAUGAAGGAAGGGAGGAGCCAGGUCAUGGGCUGGGGAAAGUCCUAAGCACUCCAUUUAAUAAAUAGCUGAUGCAUUA